GCUACGACAACAACUAUGGCGGGCGAGGGGCGGCGGGCGGAGCCGGAGAUAAUACCAUGGAGGCUGCACGUGACACCCAGGGCCCCCCUGCGAGACGGAAGGCGCCGGCUCGCCCCUCAAAAUGGCGGCGGCAGCGACGCGCCUGCGCACGGAACUCCUUCGCCGUCGCACCACCCCCGGCGGGAAGUGAGGUUUUCGGAAGAGCCGCCGGAAGUGUACGGCGACUCCGAGCCCCCGGUGGCCAAAGAUAAAUCCCCGCUGGCAAAACGAAACCAGCCAGAAGAGUUCCGGCCCCAUUCAGCGAAAGAGAAAGGAAAAGAAAGCGCCUACUACCUUCGGCCUCGGCGGCGGGGACAUCCGCGACUCCAGGAAACCGGGGAGAUGGAGACGCGAGAGACUGCGCGCCGCCGGCAGGAGCACUCACAGAAGCGUCCGCUACGGUCGUCCCCCGUUAUGACCCGGAGAGGAUUACAGGACCCUUAUUCCUCUGAAGAGGAAGAACCAUCUCCACAAACUGUUUUAAGCCGAACAGUCUCAAAGAGAACUAUCAGGAGAACAGAAGAGACUUCAGUGAUGAGUGAAGAUCCUUUAUCCAGCCUGCUUAGAGCCCCUCUAAGAAGUCCAAGAUACGAUUCAGCAUACAUAACCAAUGGAAAUACUGAAAUGAGUGAAUUAGAAGCCACCAGUGUCCAACAGAAAGUCAAUUACUCUGAAGAAGAGGACAUUGAAGAACAUGAUCACGACAGCGGGGACAGUACUGCUACUGAUGUUAAGUUCUCAUCCGGGGAGUCUGUUUACUUUAGAGACCAAACCAGCAGAUCACCUGAUCAACAUCUAGAAUCAUUUUGGCAGUCAUCACGAAGUCAAGACUAUACAGCUCUUGAUAGGCAACAUUCAAUGCCGACCUCGGGAUAUCAAAAAUACCCUCGGGAAUUGUUAGAAAUGAAACCAAGAACAAGGAUGCCAAAUGACAGCAUUCAGAAAUCAGAGAUUGGAAACCAAUCUCCAUCAACGUUCCGCCAAUACAUGACUGAACAACCCCAAAAUGCAUCUUUUUUAAAGUGGCAGUGGCUAUUUGUGCUCCUUGUUUGUGCCGUUGGGUGUUUGUGGUACAUACGUGCUCCUGAGGUGGUAGAAACCACUGCUGUGCAACAGUUCCAGAACCAGAUGAAACAACUUAUGAAUAAGUACCAAGGUCAAGAUGAGAAGCUGUGGAAAAGGAGCCUGACAUUCCUCGAAAAGCAUCUCAAUAGCUCCCACCCUCGGCCUCAACCUGCUAUCCUGCUGCUCACCGCUGCCCGCGAUGCUGAAGAAGCACUGAAGUGUCUGAGUGAGCAAAUCGCGGAUGCUUAUUCGUCCUACCGUAGUGUCCGUGCCAUCCGGAUUGAUGGGACGGGCAGAGCUACUCAGGACAGUGAUGCUGUGAAGCUAGAGGUGGACCAAGAACUGAGCAAUGGAUUCCGAAAUGGCCAGAAUGCAGCGGUGGUGCACCGCUUCGAGUCACUGCCCGCAGGCGCCACUUUGAUCUUCUACAAGUAUUGUGACCAUGAAAAUGCAGCCUUCAAAGAUGUAGCCUUAGUCCUGACUGUCUUGUUGGAGGAGGAGACGCUUGGACCCAGUCUAGGCCUAAAGGAAAUUGAAGAAAAAGUGAGGGAUUUCCUCAAAGUCAAGUUCACCAACUCUAACACACCCACCUCCUACAAACAUAUGGACCCAGACAAACUGAGUGGGCUCUGGAGCCGUAUUUCCCACGUAGUCCUGCCUGUACAACCCGAACACGCCCUGAAAAGGGGUAUCUGCUUAUAAGGGGUCAGAAGAGAAAUCAUGUCUCAAGUUCUGACUUUUCUAACCAGAGACAGAAUCACAGCUCUUUUUGAAAGAACUGGUUUCUUUUUAAAGGAAGUUAAGUUCUUAUGUAAACAUGAUAUAUCUAAAUCAUUUAUUCAGUCUGUUACAAGUUAUUUGAGAGAAUCAUUUCCCUGUGUCCAUUGAGACCUGUGUUACUGAUAUCUAAGAACUCUGUGCAGUUCUGGGCUGAGUCAUUAUGGGUAUAGUAUGACCAGUGGGAAGGACUAGAAAAUCCUUCCUACGAAUCCUCCCGAUUUUUAAUGUAGACUUUUUACAGUUUGAGUUAUUAGUAUGGCAGCUCCCUAAAUGGAACUGUGGGUUUUCCCAUUUUGGUUCCUUUUACAUCAUUUAGGCAUGAGUUCCUUAGUCAGCUUCUGCUUAUCGGGAUAAAAGUAAUAAAAGGUCACCUUGGUGUGUCAAAUUUGAGUUUUGUUUUUUGUUUGUGGAGGGUGGAGAGAAGGAAACAAGGGAAAAGAGAAUUUGUGGAAUGGAGGAGGAAAGGGGAAAAAAAAGUCUUAAAGGGGAAAUGUUAAAAUAAGCACUGAGACUUCAAUUAGUCAAACAUAGUUAUCUAAACUCCAUUCUCAGUGCAUUCUGUUGGGAUUUGUUUUUUUACCUUUUAAGAGACCUAAAGAUUUUGAAGUGUGGAUAUCGUGCGGUUAGUGGUUCAUUUGACUCCUAAGGGCAGGUAAAUCCAGAGCAAUUUAUUUUGGAUAUAUCCUGAAGCUUUGUUUUGAAUUAAGAAAUACAGUUUAUGAGAAGGGAGGAAAAGAAUAUAAUUUCAGAAAUUGGUAAACCAUUUGUUAACCAGCAUUCCUGGUUUAAUUUUCUGCGUGUCCACUUGUUGCAGUCAAAAUCCUUUAGUGAAAUUCUUUUUAACAAAAUGUAAAGAUUUACUAUGCAGGUGAUAAAUUUUAAGAGUGCCUCAAGCCAAAAAGAAAGUGAACUGUACCAUAUGUGAAGAAUGUUCAAAUGUACUACUGUACAUUACUGAUUUCAGUUGUAACUUUGCAUCUAUAACAGCUUUCUCAUCUAUCAACUGCUUUGGUUUUCUUAGAAUCUUAAAAUUGUAGAGCCACCUUGUGUGUUUUUUUUUAAUUAUCAAUAAACCUUUAAAUCAGAAUACUGUUUUUAGAAAUCUAGAGCCAUUGGCUUCACUGAAGAUUUACCUUUUGAGAAUCCCAUGACUGGUAGUAGAGUGUGACCUGCUCUCUUCCGUCGGGACUACCAGUAUUCAUAAAUUUAUACCCCUUAUUGUAAUUUGUUCUUGUCAGAAGUCAGAUCAUCUGAUUUCUAGAGGAUUCUAAAACAAGAGUUUUUGAAAAGGCUUAUUUUAUACCUAUAUAUAUAUACACACACACACACUAUAUGGAGAAACAAAUGUUUUUAUUAAAUGUUUCACUGACCAAAAUAAUUUUAAAAAUAAUUAAUUUUGCUUUUCUGGAAAAAUAAUUAUAGCAGCUGAUCUGUAAAUGACUUUAAAAGCUAUUUUAGUAACUUAAAUAAACUUACUUGGUUUGUACGCUC